GCGCGGCCUGAGCAAACGUAGAGGCUUUCCAUCAGUCGCAUGCUGUCCUAGAUCAAUCGGAAGGAAGCGUCAAGGAUGGUGGAUCACCAGGAGUUUGUCUUCGACAGGCAUAGGUUAGGCAUGGGCAAAGUGAGGUCCUGUUCUGAUGAGGAGCUGGACAAGAAGGUGCGGCAGUGCAGUCGAAACUAUGCAAGGGACAUUUUGUCAGAGAGGCCUAUGACUGUUCCAAUCAGCAGACCAAGGCCACAAAUGGCAGAGAAAGCGGUCAACCGGCCAGAGGAGUACACUUGUUCGAUGAAGAGCAGCUUAGGUGUGGAGGGACUGAACGCAAAGAAGAUAGCCGGACGUGAGAAAUCUGCAGCCAAUAAUGUAAGGGCAAGAAAAGCUGCGAGUGGGAGAGUGAUCGGUGAGACCUCGCCCACAAGGUUUGUUGAUCGUAGAGCUGAUCCGCAGGCUGACCCGCUGCUGCAGGUGUUGCUGAACGAUACCCUGAGUACCCGACAUCACCAAGCAGUGCUCGUCUCUGAGGCCGCACAGGCAAACGGAGCCAAGGCCGGUCCUCCGAGAUCAUUGCUACAGUCACUACAGCAAGUGGUAUGUAAUGUGGCCGGAAGCUCCAAGCUGAGAUCCAUGGCAGAGAAGUGGAUAGGCCGUGAUCAACCGCUGACAACGGCUACUGCCAUCAAGGCAGUCGAUGGUCAAGAUGAAAACAAUGGUGACAGGAUGAUGGGGUCAAAAAGGCGGGGGCUGCAUGGCGAUGGACCGACGGGUGCACGAGGAGAGGCCCAGGAAACAGGAGUGAGUGACGCCGGAAAAUGGGGCACGAUAGGUCGGGAGGGGGGCGCAAAGAAGGCAAUUACCGACAUCAACUGGGGACUGAACAGCAGAGAACCGUGUCGAAAAGGAAUGUGCGGUGGUGGGAAUGGUCAGAGAGCUGAGGGACGGAGAGAGGUAGGGGGAGGCGUGGAGAGAAUGGCCGGCGGUUGUACAGCAAAGUGGUCUAAGCCGAGCAAUAACGAAGCCAAGGGAAGGGGGGAGGCAGCCCAUAAGGAUGUUUGUCGUGAUUGUCACAACUUAGAUGGCAGAGAGCCCUGUCGAGGGGGAGAGGGAGAGGGAGAGGCUCGUGAGACUGAAGAUGGAAAUGCAGGCCCUGCACUCGGCCUGAAACAGCAUCACACGGUUAGGCCAGUAGACGAGAGUGUUCCGCUGGAAAAGGCCACCGGGGUUGGGAGGUCUGUGCUCCCUCCGACUGCCGACUUGCUGGAAGUAUGCGGCGAAAUCAACGAGAAGUUGAGCAGAUUUUCAGUGUUGUCGCAUGCUCGUAAGAGUGUCCCAGUAGUAGAAGGAGGGUGCGUGCGGGACCCAGGAGCCACUCCUGGAAUUAUGUCUCCUUUGGUUUCACCGGUGGCAUCCCGACCAGGUGUAGCUGGCCCAUCAUCGUUGCGGUUGGGGGCCGUCGGGCGGCUGAAGGUGCCAAACAGGAUGGAGGAGGAAGGGGAAGGAAUGGGUACAACAUCUGUGGCAGGAGUAGGUGGAGCAGGUCAAGCGUGGCCUGAAACCAGACCCCACUGUGCACCAAAAGUAGAUAACGUGGAUGUUAUUCAUGACUCCAUUGAUGACUUCUUGACAGAGAAUUGUCUGUCUUUCGCUGUUGCACGAUCCCGUUCUUGGAGUAGGAUGCUCUACGCUCUGAGGGAGGCUCCUCCCUCGUUUCUGCCACACUCGUGUGAGACUCUGAGAACGAUGCGGGUGGCACGGACCAAGGAAAGGCUCCUCAAACGGCUGCCGACCAUCAUGGACCGUUGGGACUCGACUGGUUGUAUGGUUCAUUUGGAAGGGUGGAGGGAUGGAUUUGGGCCGCAUCUCGAUGUCAUGAUCUCGUCCCCGGUCGGAACCGUGUUCUGGAAAUCGGUCAGAAUGGGGGAUCAACUGAAAGAUGCCACAGCGAUCUUCAGCAUUUUGCAGGGUGUCAUCCAGCAAGUUGGCCCGCAGAAAGUCGUCGGUGUUUUGAUGGACAACGCUCGUGUGUGCAAACUUGCCGGGAGGAUGGUGCAGGAAGAAUGGCCCCAUAUAUUUCCUGUCCCUUGCCUUGGACACUCUCUUGACUUGUCCCUGCAGCAAAUUGCGAAGAUCGAAUGGGUGCAGUCGAUCCUGUGCGGCGCAGACCGGCUCGUCACUUUUUUCACAUCGCAUCCGAAGGUCGUUGACGUCUUCCGGAGUUGCUCCAGGGGCAGAAGGCUGACAAAACCCAGCAGGACCGGAGUUAUUGCCGCCAUGGUACCGUUCAAAACCUUGCAUAACCUGGUGGAGAUGAAGGAUUGCCUGUGUCUGACUGCAGUUUCGAGUGGAUGGAAUCGGGCGAUGGUGUCCCCUGCCCUCCACGAGGAAUUCCUAUGGGCGACAGAACAGGCCCUGGACACGAGUGGGUUCUGGAGCUCGGUCGAGAAGGUUCACUCAGCAACGAGGACAAUCAUCCAGGUCCUUCAGAUGACAGAUCGCAGGCCGCUUUGCUUGGGGGAGGCUUAUAUGUGUAUGGAUUUCGCUGUCAAGAGUGUUCGCACAAAUCGAAAGCUUGCCGAUAACGAGAAGACCCAGGUGCUGCAGGUGUUGAUGAGGAGGUGGGAAGAUGCGAUAAGUCCCCUCCACUGUGCCGGUCAUUUCCUGAACCCCGAGCUUCGUGUUCUCAACAAAUGGACUCGCGAUGAUGAAGUCAUGCCUGGUCUUAAUGACUGGGUCACGUCAUGGGCAGCGAACAAAGCAGAGGUUGCUGAGGUGGAGCACGAACUGGGCCGGUAUCUCAACCUGCGCGGAACGUUUGGACGGGAGCAAGCCAAGCAGGCAGCACAGACGUUGCCUGCGCACAGCUGGUGGUACAAUCAUGGCCAGAGCGGACCGGUCCUGAAGAGACAUGCGCAACGAUUGCUUGGACAGGUGUCCUGCAUGUCAGUUUGCUCCCUAAAGAAAUGGAGGUUGUUCCAGCAAAUUCAUUCCGGUGGUGUCGAAGGUCUUGCGGGGGAGCAAUUAUCGGAUGUUGUAUUCAACAGGUGGAACAUGCACCUACUAGAGGACGCAGGGGGCGAGGAGCAGAGGUCGCAGCUGCAUGUUCUUUGGGAAGAGGACACAAAGAGUGGUGCAGUCCGUGACGAGAUGGAGGUGGAGGUGGAGGUAGAUGAAGCACAGAGAAAAAGGAGACCAGUAGUGCAGGAAGUGGGAGAAGGUGGUGACAACGACGAGGAUGACGAGGGAGGGAGGUUCUCUGAGGUUCAGCCGUAUCGGCUCACGAACACAGGCGAGGAGGACAAGGAGGAGGAAAAGGACAAGCUUGAUGAGGACAUGGAGGGGCGGUCUGGGUUUCGGACGUUGACGAAGCCUGGCAUGUACAUGGCAAGCAUGAGAGCUCGCCUCCAUCCGUGCCGAGCCAGGGAGGACUGGGAUUGCAUUUUGAAGCUUGAGAAGACCCGCGAAGACAUGGCCAGGGGCAAGGCAGCUGAGCGAAGGAAAGAAGUAGAUAAAGAAGUGUCGGGGGUUGUGCCAGGGGUUGUAAAGCAGGAGAAGGAAGAAGGCACACGGAUGGAUGACGGGGGCGGUGGCGGCAAGGACACAACGUGUGUCGGUGAGACAGGCAGCGUCAAUCAUCCCAUUCCCACUCAGGCACAGGUUGCCAAUGGCGCUGCUGGCACUGUUGGUGCCGGUGCUGCUACUGGCGGUGGUAAGACACAAAGGUUGGUCAGCAGUGAGGACAUGGGUGUCGAAAAGGAUGGGCAUGGUGUGCAAAGGCGGAGGUCGACAGGAGACGACAAUGCUGCAAAUUUGAAAAAGUACGUUCGGAGAAGGAGGGUCACAACGCCAGAGAAAGUUAUGGAUGUGCCAUUGCCGAAGGAGGUUUCGAACACAGCAACUAUGACAGGUGUGUCAGUGGCUGUGCCUGAGCAAAGUCAACCGUUGCGGCGCUCAGCAAGAUGCAAAGAAAAGCGUGAUGCGCAUGUAGACUUUGAAUUCUUUCUAUCUGAAGAUCAGGAGGAUGACACAGGUGCAUUCCAGAAGCCAAAGCGGCGAAAUAGGCGGCUGACUAGUUAGGGCCUACCUAGCGUGAUAAGCACGAUACCAGCCAAUCGCUCCUUACGACUGGGCUCAACUACCAAUAUCUAUGCUACAAACAGUCCCAGAGCUGAUGUUCGUUAACCACCACCUGUACUUCCUAAAGUUGUGCCCGUUAACAAGCCACAAUUUUAGGAAACGUACGGGCCACUACAGGAGCGCCCAAAUUCAUCCGACUAGAAACGUUUCUACUCUGUUUUUUUUUCCCUUGGCCGAUAGCCGGGCCAAGUACUGGUCGUUUUAUGGCCAUAUAUAAACAGGGAAGUCCAGCAGACUGCGUAUGGAUGGACAGUUGCCCGAUAGCUGAUAUAGCUGGCAAUAGCAAAGAAGCUCUUAUACUAUGGCCAAAGCCUUAGUAUAGCUGGGUGGUACUUGGUAUAGGUGAAUACCAUGGUCAGAGCCUUAGUAUAGCUGGGGACUUGAAAUAGCUGAGCAGCAGCAGCUCUAGCCAAGCAGCUGUUACAGCCAGAUAGCGCCGACCAUCGAGAUCGAGUUUUCCUCCACAGUCAUAGACAUGGUCUGAUGCAGAAGCAGCUGCAGGAGUUAGUUCCAGCUCCUGUGUUUUUCAUGCAAGGAAAACAUGAACCUGGCAUGAACCUGGUCUCAGGUUCAUUCCAACUCACCACAAACAUAGCAUCCUUGGGGCCCAGGAACAUUGGUGUUACAGGAGGAAAACAUGUUUACGGAAGGGGGGUGGGGCGACGGGUGAUGCGUGGGGAGAAGCGGCGUUUCAGCUGUGGACAAAGCAGUCAUACAUUUUGCUGUGUGCUUCCCUCCUUGCGCUUUAACAAGGUUAGACUAGUGACAGUUAGGACAAAGAGGUGAAAGUCAUGACACCGUAAGACGCGCUCAAUGUGUAGCGCCUUUUGAGUGUCAAUGCAUUAGAUUCGU